AUGUCAUACUCAUUCAGGGAUCGUACCGAGGAAUUGCGGAACUCUUUUGAAGGUCUUGAACGCAGCGAUGAUUUUGGCCCUGCACGUAUUCCCGCUGGUUAUCGUCGCACCCCAUCACCUGUUGUAACACGUUUCGAUCGUGCAAAUUCACCCCCACCACCCACACCUCGUCAUCAUGGCAACACCAACCAUGUCGAGACUUAUGAAAUGCAAACUCGACCCAUGGCGGAUACUCGUACAAUGGAUGGAUUCCUUCAAGAGAUUGAACAUAUAAAGACGAACAUCACCCUUGCCAACGACAAUAUCGACGCUAUUGAACGCUUGCACAAUUCAGCACUCGUUAGUUAUAGCGACAACCAAUGGAAUCAGCUCUCGAAUGAAUUGGAACAGCUUCAGACUAAAGUACGGGCCCAGAACAAUGAUAUCAAAACACGCAUCACUGCUUUGGAAAGAAAUGCUGUUGCUACGAAUGCAUCAGAAGCCAAUAUUCGAAAGACACAGAGUGAAGCCGUGCGUAAACGAUUCUUGGAGACCAUCAGAAGAUAUCAAGACAUUGAAAACGGCUAUCGACAAAAGUUUCGACAACGUGUUGAACGACAAAUCAGGAUUGUGAAACCUGAAGCGACGGAAGAGGAAAUCGACCACAUCAUGGAAUCGGAUCAAAAUACACAGCUAUUUACUCAAUCGAUUCUGAAAGCUGGACGUCAAGCUCAAAGUCGAGCUGUUCUUUCUGAAGUACAAAGUCGCCAUGAUGACAUUAAGCGGAUUGAAAAGACGCUUUUGGAAUUGCAUGACUUGUUCCAGGAUAUGCAAAUGCUUGUGUCCCAACAGGGUGAAGUCAUCGUCCAAAUUGAACAAAAUGCAGAGGCCACAGCACAAGACCUUAAACACGGUAACAGAAAUCUCUCACGAGCUAUCGAUAUUGCAAGAUCCACACGCGCGAAAAAAUGGUGCUGCUUUGUUAUCUGUAUCAUCCUUGCUGUCGUCAUUGCUAUCUUGGUUUGGUGGUUCGCCUUUGAUCAUCCUGGCGUCGGUGGCAACAACAACGGCAACUCAAAUUAA